AUGUCAUCCACCAGCAACGCCUCCAUUGACAAGUUCAACGGAGACAAUUACGCAACGUGGAGCCGGUACAUGCGCGGUGUGUUUUUGACGAAGUCCGUCUGGCACGUUGUCAACCGUGAAGUGACUCCGACUUUCACCGACCCGCGAGCGUCCGAUGACUACGUCAAGGCAAGCAACGUCGCGUUUGGUAUGAUGCUGCUGCACAUGAACGCGGACUACCAUCAUGUGCUGGACAACUGCGAGGAAGCCUGGGUUGCGUGGACAAGUCUGAAGACGCUGUACGGUGGGUCGCAGAAGGCAGGACGCAUCUACCUCAAGCGACAACUUUUCAGUAUCAAGAUGGCUGAAGGCGCGAACGUCAUGCAUCACUGCAACGAGGUCCUCAACAUCUCCGCCAAGCUUAGCGGCAUCGGUGCGAAGAUGGAAGACGAAGACGUUGCAAUUUGUCUGCUACUCAGUCUUCCGAAGAGCUACGAAAAUGUGGUGCUCAACAUGGAAAUGAGCAGCACCGAGCUUCGCACUCAAGAUGUGGUGAGAGUCCUGACGAAUGAGCAUGCCAAGCGUCAAGGAGAAAAAGGGACAACGACAGCGACUACGGUGAAGGCUGAAGAUGCAAGCAAGGCAUUCAGCGCCGAGCGUGAGCCCUACCAAUGCACGUAUUGUGGCAAGGUGGGACACACGGUGGAUCGUUGCUGGACAAAGCAGAAGAACGAAGGCAAUGGCUACGAUCGAGUGGCGUUUGCAGUCUCGUUCGAAUGUGGAGUUUCGACGAGCAAGGACGUGUCUGGAAUGUGGGCCGUCGACAGUGGUGCAACGCACCACAUUUGCCACGACAAGACCAAGUUCGCAAGUUUGGCAGAGCGCAAUGAGGGCGAACUCUUGGUGGCUGAUGGCAACAAGGUGGCCAUCAAGGGUGUGGGAACCAUCAUGGAAAAGGUGGUUCUGCCCAACGGUGAAGAGCGUGAGAUCGAAAUCAAGAACGCGCUAUAUGUUCCAAGUAUGAGCAAGAACCUGCUCUCGGUGCCACAGAUUAACAGCCAUGGCAAGUUUCAAGUCGUGUUUGACGGGUCCAAGAUGUAUGUGACUCUCAAGAACUCACAGCAAGUGGUGGCGACAGCGGAUCUCGUGGAUGGACUCUACUGGCUUCGGACGACUCAACGAUCAGCGAAUGUGACAACAAGUGGAACCAGUUGUGCCGAUCUACAUGCGAGAAUGGGUCAUGCUCCAGUCGAUGUACUUCGCAAGAUGAUCGCGACCAACAUGAUCAAGGAUGUGCGAGUCCCUCUCAAGUCGGGUGGAGCAACUACAUGUCGAGGAUGUCAACAAGGGAAAAUGGUCCAAAAACCAUUUCCAAGCAACCGAGACAAGCGCAGCUACGAUACGUUUGAGCUACUUCAUCUGGACAUCUGCGGGCCCAUGGAAAGGAUUCGCUCGGUGGCAGCAAAUAUUUGCUGCUGA